ACACACACAGCUCACAGCACCUUCUUCAGAAACGUCCCAACGCCUGCGUUCUCCGAAUUUCAAUAUGCCACAUUUUCACCAUUAUUAUUCUCUCUUCUUCUUUGCAGCCCUUCUUUCUGUUUCACUAAUUACUCCUUCCUUUUCCUUCCAUCCCAAAUCCUUUAAUGUGUCUAUGUACCAGUCCCCCGAUUCCGAUUGGUCGCCUGCCGUCGCCACCUGGUACGGUAGCCGUGACGGUGCUGGAAGCGAUGUUGUUGUACUAUGUUCAGGAGGUGCAUGCGGGUAUGGGGAAGCCGUGGAGCAACCGCCCUUUUCGUCAUUGAUAGCAGCAGGAGGCCCUUCCCUGUACAAAUCAGGGAAGGCAUGUGGAGCUUGUUAUCAGGUGAAGUGCUCGGAAAAAGCAGCUUGCUCAGGGAAUCCGGUGACGGUGGUUAUAACCGAUAGUUGUCCCGGUGGGUCCUGUGCUUCUGACUCUGUCCAUUUCGACCUCAGUGGCACCGCUUUUGGAGCUAUGGCUGCAGCUGGGCGGGCUGAUGAACUACGAAACCUAGGGGUUUUGCAGAUUCAACAUAAAAGGGUGGAAUGCAACUAUCCGGGCAGGUCGAUAAACUUCGUGGUGGACUCGGGUUCGAACUCCAACUAUUUUGCAGCUCUAAUCGAAUAUGGAGAUGGAGAUGGAGAUGUUGGUUCAGUGGAGCUGAAACAAGCUUUGGAUUCCUACUCCUGGACUCCGAUGCAGCAGUCAUGGGGUGCGGUCUGGAAGCUGGACUCCGGCUCCGCCCUACAGGCUCCAUUCUCCCUCAAGCUCACUUCCCUCGACUCCGGCAAGACUGUCGUCGCUAACAACGUAAUUCCGGCUGGGUGGAAGCCCGGCCAGACUUACAGAUCCCUCGUCAACUUCGAUACUUAAUCAACAGUUAAUUAGCAGCAAAUUAAUUCAGGAGCUAUCUAGCUGAGAGCUGCAUAAAUCGUCUGUAGUAGUAAUAGUAUAAGUAUGAGUAUUAGUACUAGAAUGGGAGGUUAAUUAGAUGAAGGAAGGAAAAUGCAUGCAAUGAACCGAAAGUCAACUUAAUUACUAAACUGAAGACUUUCUGGGUUUGUCACGUUGCAUGGUUAAUUAUGGAAGUUAUAA